AAAAACACCUUCGUAUGGGCUCGCUGGGAAGCUGCGGAGACGGCUUUCUGCUCGUCGUGCAGGUAGUCCCGAGCGAAUUCCUCGGGAUUUCGGCUGCGUCGCGACCGUGCCCGGUGCUCCGGUCCUUAAGGACCACCAGCAGAGCAAGCCUCCGACACGACACCGUGUCUCUUGACAGUAGCCGGUGCUGCAGAGGAGAGCCAGCUCAGGAGUCCUUCGGGAGGCAAGCAGGGAGCAGCAGCCCCUAGGAGCAGGCUGGCCCUCCACCACUCUCUGCCAUCAGGCUGCCCCUGGCUGGAGGCACGAGGUGUUCUUGAAAAAAGUGCCUGCACUUUGGAGCUGAAAAAGGACAUGAGGAGUAAAAGGACCUGGGAUCUCACUGGUCAGAAUGAAACAGAUGUUGAAAGAUUUUUCAAAUCUGUUGUUAGUGGUGCUCUGUGACUACGUUCUGGGUGAAGCAGAGUACCUCCUGUUGGAGCGCCCGGGUCAUGUAGCCUUCAGCAACGAGACGGUGUCUGUGGAAUAUCGGUACUACAGCCAUGGUAAUGUGACGGCAGAGAACCUGUCCAUUCUCCUGCUGGAUGCCAGCACCAACGAGAUCAUUGCAAGAAAACAGCUUCCCGUGAACCAGUCCCAGGGGAUGGUAGAGUUUGAGUGUUUCUAUUUCACGAGUGCUGGGGACUUUUUGUUCAGAAUGGUCUCUGCCAGCGAUAAUAGCAGUGCUGCUGCUGCAAGUGGAAGAACAUCCACACUCCAUGUGGAAUGGCCCGUAUUUCACGUUGAUUUGAACAAGACUUCAGAACAGCCUGGAAGCUCCCUUCAGGUUGGACUUUUUACAAACGAGCACUUGUGUGCCACGAACAAGACAGUGGUGUCGCUGGAUGUGAUAUUCACCAGCGCCCUUUAUGAACUAGGAAGAGUAAGCUCUGAUGAGAUGCUGGGCAUUAGAACUAGCAAAGGAAUCCUGCUGUCUAAGUCCCAGUGGGUAGAGUUUGAUUGUCCGCAUGUUGGUCAAGAAACAUACAUCACUGUGUUACUGAAAUCGUUAGCCACACAUUCCCUUAUUGCCUCCAUGGGACCCAUAGAUCUCCUCCACAAAUUCGGAUACAGACUGGUUGUGGCACCAGAAGCAGUGUGCAAAACUUUGGUUCAGGUCUUCGUAGUCUCGCCACCGUGCACUUCUAUCAGUGGCAAAAUUGUUGUCUAUAAAGAGGCUGUCAAGCAUCCCACUCUAAGAACAUCUUGGCUCUAUGAGAACACCCUUCACCCAGGAGACAACAGGACAGAAUUUAACUGCACUUUGUUUGAUGUGGGGAAGAACAAAUAUUGCUUUGACCUCUAUAAUUUCUCAAACCGAAGCCAUUUCCUACCGAGAGUUAAGGAGUGUAUGAUGAUCCAAAGGAAUAUGGAAACGUGGAGCCUGUGGCAGCCCUGGAGCCCCUGCAGCGUCACCUGCGGAGAUGGUGUCCGGGAGCGCUUCCGAGAGUGUCUCACCUCCUCGCCGGCAAAACCAGGCUGCGCUGGAUCUCCAAGAGAGACCUCCUCGUGCUCCCUGGAGGAUUGUUUGACUGCCAAGCCUUCCACCCCACCUUCUGUCCAGCCAGGAGAGGACCAGAAAGCAAAUAACAUAGUCACCAUCACGGGUAUCUCCUUAUGUUUGUUCAUCAUCUUUGCCACUGUUCUCAUCACCCUGUGGAGAAAGCUCUGCAAAGCUCAGAAGUGCAGCGCCGCUGUGCGUCGAAACUCCGUCCACUCCCCUGGCUUUCGGAAAAACUCCGACGAAGAGAACAUUUGCCAGGGCAAUAAGCAGCGGGACAGCUUCACUGAGGGAGGGGAUGCCCCCGUUAACAUUCCUCUGACCUACAGGCGAAGCCUCCAGUUUGCCCAGGAAGAUGAUGUCUCUGGAAGCGAGAGCUUUCAGCCAAAUGCCCAAAAAAUAAUCCCUCCGAUCUUCAGCUAUCGCCUCGCACAGCAGCAGCUGAAAGAGAUGAAGAAGAAGGGCCUGACCGAGACCACCAAGGUGUACCAUGUCUCUCAGAACCCCCUCACGGACACGGUUGUUGGUGCCACCACAAUGCUUCCCCUGAGUGCAGAAAACCAAGAGGAGGCCGUGGCGAACAAAUUUCGGAUCAAAUCUCCAUUUCUGGACCAUCCAGCUGGUCAGCCCAAAUUCCCAGGAGAGGGCUGUAACCCUAGGCUGGAUUUUCCAUUCUCCCAGGCCAAUCCUGCACUGAGCCCCACGCAGACCUUGGUAAGGAGAGCUCAUUUCAAACACCCGGAUAACAGAGGGGAGAUGUCGGAGAGGGGCUGUCACAGGAACCCGCAGUUCAGAAGAACGGCCAGUUUCCACGAAACUAAGAAGGCCAGGCCUUUCCGAGAGAGAAGCAUGUCCACCCUCACCCCCCGGCAGACCCCUCUUUACAACUCCAGGACCAGAACGUGGGAGCAGGGCUUGGAAGACAGAGCACGGCCAAAGCUGAGAAACGCCAACCCGACAUGCGACAAGCUGGAUCAACCCCACGGCACCGUGCCGUGCGAACCGCAGGGCCGCGGCACAAAGUGCCACCACAGGGCGUGUCCCCCAGGGAAGAAGCUGGAUCCCAUCGCUGACCGCCAGCCUGCUGGUCAGGAGAGGGCAGCUGAAAAGCCCGAGGCCAGCCGAAGCAAGCGGGGCCCUUCGCCCAACCCCAGAAGUGAGUGGCGGAAGGAACCGGGCUCAGCUGGCAAAGAUAGUUACCAGAGAGGCCUAACGAUCAGUCCUGCCCAGUACCGAAAGGACAAGUGCCAGAGCUUCCCCUUGGACCCCGAGUUUGCCUUUUAUGAUAACACUACUUUCGGUUUAACUGAGGCAGAGCAACAAAUGAUCGACCUGCCUGGGUAUUUUGGCUCAAACGAAGAGGACGAAACGAGUACUUUAAGUAUCGAGAAGCUGGUGAUCUGAGGGACUCCGUGCAGCCCUACAGGAGGGGCGCGUGCCGGAGAGGAUCUGCAGAAUCUGCUGGCUCCUGGUGGAAGGAGCAGUGGGAAUUGGGUUCCCUCUUCGCUUGGAGAAGAAGGGAAUUCCCAAAGUCUGACUUGUGGGAACGCAUUCCUUCCUAAUUACUGGAAAGUGCUUCCAUAUAAUUAUUUUUUCCAUGUGUGUACCUAACAAUACACACAAAAUACCCUGGGAAGUCUCGUGUCAGUGAAGGCAUGACACAGGAAUAACCCAUGGGGGUUUAUUGCAUAAAGCAGUCACAUUUCAUGCAUCCUACAUAACGAAUCCCGUUGAUCUGGCCUUUUUCACCUUGUGAAAACCUCGUGCUAGUAGAUUACGGUAUCCUAAAAGAUCCGUUGUCCAGCAUCCUCAAACGUCUCUCCUAACUAGUGAAUCAUUUCCCAUUUAGAAAACACAAACCCCAAGUUGUGAGCAGUUUUCAUCAUUUUUGUGGUCAUUACUGAACUGUGUUGAUUGGCUGUGAUAGUUCUGCUAAGUCUCGUGGUGCUGUUUCUUUUAGCUGGUCGGAUGAAAGUGCAAACAACUGACACGAAACAUUUGGGGAGAACUUAAAACCGAGGGGGUGUUUUUCUUUAUUCAAGAUUGAUAUUUUCUUUCUGCCAGUAUUUAUUCCAAGAAAAUACAGUGAUGUUCAAAUAUUUCCAGGAAAUGAGUAGAAAAGAGCAUGCUACCAGGAAGGGCAA